AUGUCGAUAAGAUAUCUCUUAUCAAGGACUCCUAAAUCAUGUCUACUGAACAACAACAAUAAUAAUAAUAUCAUUGGUGGUAGAAACAACCUUUUUGUACAUAAUAAUAAUAAUAAAAAUAAUAAUAAUAAUAGAUACUCAACAUCAACAACAUCAACAUCAACUAUAAUAGAUGAAAAUGAUCCUUCAUUAGAUUAUAUUUAUAGUGGUAAAGGAAAUCCUUAUCAAUUGGUUGUAGGUGUAGAAGUUCAUGCUCAAAUUAAAUCAAAGGAAAAGUUAUUUUCAAAUAGUUUAAAUAUUGGUAGUUUGGAUGGAUCUAUUGCAAAUAGUAGAGUAUCAUAUGUUGAUGCUGCAUUCCCAGGUACAUUACCUGUACUCAAUUCAAAAUGUGUUGAACAAGCUGUAAAGACUGGUUUGGCUUUGAAUGCAUCAAUCAGUAAAUACUCAGUCUUUGAUAGAAAACAUUAUUUCUAUCAAGAUUUACCUCAAGGUUAUCAAAUUACUCAAUAUACUAAUCCAAUUGUAAAAGGUGGAGAAGUAUUAUUAUCAUUAAAAAAUAAUAGAAAGAAAUUGAUAAAGCUGUCACAUAUUCAAUUGGAACAAGACAGUGGAAAGAGUAUACAUGAUCAAAGUCCGACCAGUACAUUGGUCGAUUUGAAUCGUGCUGGUGUUGGAUUGAUGGAGAUUGUAUCUGAUUGCGAUUUUAGAUCGAGUGAACAGGUUGGUGCCUACCUUAGACAACUUCAACAUCUACUCAAGAGUAUCGAGACGAGUGAUGCAAAUAUGCAACAAGGUGAGAUGCGUUGUGAUAUCAAUAUAUCGGUGCGUCCAUCGCAUCAGACCGAUAGACUGGGAACACGUGUCGAACUCAAGAAUAUGAUUUCAAUAAAGUCGAUUGUGUCUGCCAUCGAUGCAGAGGCAACGCGACAGAUUGAAAUGGUCGAGUCUGGCACACCCAUACAAAGAGAGACGCGUGGGUUUGACCUCUCUACCAUGUCCACCUUUCACAUGCGUACUAAAGAGGACGAGACAGACUACCGGUUCUUCCCAGACCCCGAUCUUCCACCUUUGGUAUUGAGCCAAGCAUUUAUCGAGCGUGUUAGAGCCACGAUUGGCGAGUUGCCAGAUGCAAUGAAAACACGUAUUAUCACACAAUAUGGAUUGACGGUGGAUGACGCCACCAUCCUCGUAGCCGACCCAUACAAUGUACACUACUUUGAAUCGGUACUACGCCACAAUGGCAAGACCGACCGUAGUGUAAAGACAUUACUACCAUUCAUCAUAAAGGAGAUGUUUGAGUGGCUCAACCUGCAGAAUGAAUCCAUCACCAACACACCCGUCUCGAUCGAGCGUAUGGCCGACUUUAUCGACCUCGUCGAAUCGGGCUACAUCUCGUCGCGAACUGGAAAGGAUAUCAUUGGAUUAAUGUUGAAUGGCGAUACUCGACCAGCCAAGGAAAUCAUCGAUGGUUUGGGUGUAUCACAAAUCUCUGAUGACAGUGUAUUGGAAGAUCUCUGUGUAAAGAUCCUCGAAGAGCAUCACGACAAGAUCAUGGAAUACCGUUCUGGAAAAACACGUGUCUUUAAAUUCUUUGUUGGUGAAAUCAUGAAACAAACCAAAGGUCGUUCAAAUCCUCAAAAAGUAACUUCACUAUUACAAAAGAAAAUUGAUGAAUUUGAAUUGUAA